CGUUAGGUUGCGAGGAGAUUUCCUGAAGGAACUGCAGUAGGAUCUGAGCAACGGUGGAGAGCAGAGGCGCGAGGUAGAGAGCCGGGUCAUCGCCGAAGGAAGUCUGUCGAGAGAAGCUUGCGGCGAGAUUCAUCUGUCGAGAGAAGCUUGCGGAGAGAUCCAUCUGUCGAGAGAAGCUUGCGGAGAGAUUCAUCUGUCGAGAGAAGUUCCCAUCUGUCGUGAGAAGCUCCUCAACUUUUCAACAGACGCAACAAAAAAAUAAUGCUACGUGUGUAUUUCGUCGUGGUGGCGUGGGCGUGCAUGACCUCAGCUGACCCCGGCGCUGACCCUCGGGCCGACCGCAACCCGCAGCCCACCAAGGUCGUCCUGGGUCAGUCAACCCCUGAGGAAGACAGCAAGACAGAGCGAGCUGCACUUCUGAGGUCCAGCAAGAUCCUUCCCUUCUUCACCACCGACCCGUACCUUAAGCCCCACCUGACUGUACCCGGACCAGUAGGCGUUUCCCUCGGAGUGGGCGUGCCUGUCCCCCCCCUGCCAGUCGAGGUGCAUGUAACCUCCCCCACCCGCCCGUUCGGUCUGCCAGGCCCGUCUCGACCCGGAUGCGGAGCCAGCGAGAAGUAUUGUCUCAUCAAUAGCGAUUAUCCGCUGGACAAAGUCAACGCCAUCAUUGACCGGUACUACAACAAUGUACUCCAUCUGUACAACGACCUGUACCGCUUCCCCCCCCACGACAUUAUGUACCACGACAACCGCACACAUGGAUACAGGCACGGCGGUCACUUCGUCUGCGAGAGCGCCGUGCAGUACGUGAGGCCGGGCUGGGCGCAGAACAUCCGGGGCGAGUGGGUGGCCGUAAUUAACACAGAUAAAUACCCUCAGUCUGUCCGCGUCGAAAGCUGCAAAUACCAGGGCAAGCGUUGCGAGUUCCUCCCUCCGUGCUACAAGUCGAAGUGCGUCCAGCGAAACACCUACGUGAAGCUCCUGAGUGUCGACCCUUACCGACCCGAGUACAAGCCGACGGUGGACGUCUUCGAGAUUCCUUCGGCGUGUUCCUGCUUCGUCGAGGACUUCAUCUAUUACUGAAGUGGUUUUUGGUUGGUUGGUUUAUCUGUCGGUGAAGCGUUCUGUCUACGGUUCUGUUGAAGAGAUUCGUUUGGGGAUUUUGUUGACGAGUGAAGCGUUUCUCUGAGGGUUUUGUUUUCUCUUUCUGAAACUUCUCGUUUAUUAGGAUUUUAUCUGGUACUGAAGCGUUUUAUCGGUGAGUUUAUCUUCUGGUGAAGAGUUUUGUUAAGGUCUUCAUCUAUUACUGAAGCUUGUGUUAGCGAAGUGUUUGGUUAAAUUGGGAUGUAAUCUACUACAGAUGAAGCUUUCUUUGGGGAUUUUAACUACUUCUGAAGCGUUUCGUUAAGGACUCUGCUUACUGCUGAAGCGUCUCCUCCUGAACCUACUAAGGACUGAAGGAAUCCUUGAUGCUUUUCGUCUUAAUUCAAGCUUUUGUUGUUGUCGUUCUGCCGGGAGGGUCGUUGUAGCUAUAUAUGUUGUUGGUUGUUAUGGUUUCUGUUAGUAAUUAAUAUGUUCAGUUGGGAAGAUAUUUCUAUUUUUUAUCGUUUUUUUAUGUAGCAGUAAUUUGGGAUGUUAUUUUAUCAUUAUUAUAAUUUUCAUCGGUUAAGUUUUUUUAUGUUUUGCUUUUUACUUGUUCUCAGUGCAGUAUUUGUAAAUCUUGAAUAAACUUUUUGUGUAAUA